UGCAACCUCAGAGCAAUACUAGCCACUAGCGAACUCUAGUGGAAAUUAUGGAAUAUAUACGAGAGUAAACGUAAUAUUUAGAAUAGUCAGACACUGAAAUUUAAAAACCCAACUCAACCCACCUUGGAGCAAUUAACCCGAGCAACCCACGUAUAUGCUAUCUAUAGAGAAAUAUUGUUUAAGGAACAGAUGACCUUUGAAAAGGAAUCCACUUUAUAUUGGAAUACAUAUAUAGCAAGUAAUGGAAACUUUAUGACCAGAAGUAUGACAGAAAAUAGGAAAAGAUCGCGUGAGGAUGAAGCCUGCGAAUUUAUGCCUUUGUCUAAAAGAAUUAAUAAUUUGCAUAUAAACAACAGUCUGGCUAAUUCAAACCUUCUAUCUCAAACCUCACUUGAAUCUAGUCAUACAAUUCAUGGUGAUAAUUGCAUUCCUUCUCCAGGCUCAUCAACUGAUUCAGACAGACGGCCAAGUUAUGAUCCUGGACUCAAUUCUUCUGAAAGUAAUUAUUAUCAUGAGAACAAAUUAUUGUUUGAAUUGCAUUUAGAAAGAAUACAAAGAACAGGGCAACAAUUUCCUUUUUAAUACUAAAUUAUUAUACUAAUUAUUUGUAAGUUUGGUACCUGUAUUUGUUAUUUUUAGUAUGUAUUAUUAAUUGUAACAUUAAAUUAUGUUAGAACUA